AUGACGCCUGCUCUGUCCGAUGACAAGCUUUCCCACCCCUGCGUUGACGAUGCAGCAAGUGCCGUUGCGGAGAUGGAAAAGCACCGCAUGGAGUGUCUGUACCAAAUUGACGAUGGGCGCCGAAGUCACGACCAGGAAUUGCUCGAGCGGAUCGUGGCACAAAUUGGCAGUCGCAAGCGUGAUACGGUCGGGAUUUUGGUGUGGAACAAGGUGUUCAUCCACAAGAUGGCGAAUGGAGAAGAGCUGGCUGUCAUCCUCAUGGAUACCCAGGGCACCUUUGACCUUCAGUCGGAAAAUGAUGAAUCGAUUAACUAUUUCGCAACCUCGCUCCUACUCUCCUCGGUCCAAAUUUUCAACGUCUGCCAAAAAUUGGACUCUACCGACUUCGAAGCUUUGAGCACCUUCAUCGACUAUGGAGAGCGGACCGGCAAUCAUCUGAGUCAGCAUUUCUUGUUCCUAAUCCGGGAUGCAAUCAGUGGGUCCGGGCUCAGCCCCGAAUUUCUGCAGCGGCUCCUGGCCGGCUCGUCCAAAGCCCAACGGCUGUACAAACUGAUCACCGGAUGCCUUGAGGCAUUCGAGAAGGUCGAAUCCUUCCUGGUGCCACGCCCGGACAACCGACUGGCUCAAGCUGAUGCGGAAAUCCUGGCCGGGGAAUGCGGUGCCGAAUUUUUGCAAGCUAUCUCCGCCGCUGCAGGUCAUGUAUUGCGUUCGCUUCAACCGAAGCGAGCUAUGGGGGUCCCACUGGAUGGCCCGGGUUUCGGGAAAUAUGCGCAGGAGUACGCCACCUUCUCAACAGUUCCUCCCGACGAGUACGCGCGAAUCGCUGAGACGAUUCUUGGGCAAGCGCAAGAGGCAUACCUUGCAGUGCAGAGAUACGGACAAACGAAAUCCCUCGCCGCACAUCUCCGUGACUUUUGCGAAGGUCUGCAGGAAAAAAACAGCGAUAAGUGCGCAGCAAAUAAGGAGAUCUACAAGCAUGAGCGUAUUAAUGGAGCAGUUGCUGACGCUUUGCGCGUAUAUCAAAAGCAUAUCCAGCCUGGCCUUAGCCAACUCGAGCAUCAGCAAUCGCGACACGAAGUGCAGGCCCUGCACUCGGCGGCUCAGCGAGCCGCUAUCGAUUUCUACGAAAAAGAAACUGCAUUAUUCCUUGCCGACAGCUACACGGUCAUUAUGCAAAACAAGGAGAAGCUUGUACAACUGUUGGAGGAAAAACUGGAGGAUCAGUUGCGCAGCAACUCCCAACAUUGGGUGGCGAUCCGCAGCGCGGAAAUAAUUGAUGCACGAAUCGAAGAUUUCAGCCUUUUACUCCAGGAGAAAAGCAAAACUGUGCAGAGUCAGCAAGAACUCGAAGAAGCGCUUGCCGAGUGCUAUGCGAAGGUCGAAAAGGAUUUGGAGGUGGAGCAGCAAGCGAUGAUCGAUCAACUACUUGAGGCGCAACCCGAACAAGAUCCACAGCUCGUGGCCAGUCAGAUACAAAGCAACCGCGAGCGCAGGUUGAACCGAAGCCUCAAGGCGAUGGAAAGCGAGUUCAUUCGCAACGCGACCACCACGCUCGACAUGAAAAGGAUGGCCGCCGAGAUGGAUCGUCAGAAGCAGGAACACACUAGGGAAGCCCAACAAAUUCAAGAAGAAAUGAAGCGUAAGCUGGCGGAAGCGGAACACCUACUCAAGAAGAACUCCGAUGACGAAAAGAGUGCAUCUAUGAAACAGUUCGAGCGUGACACAGCGGCACGGAAACGCGAUCUUGAGAAGAAGGAACUCGAGCAGAAAACACAGAUGGAAGCCAGCAUGCGGAAGCUGCAAGCAGAAAUGGAAAAACAAGCCAUCGACCGUGAGCUAAUGAAAAAAGAGCAGGAGGGCAUGCGCGCGAAAUACGAGCAAAGGAUCGGGAAACUAGAGAAGGAAAAAGAACGAGUGCGCCUCCAGAUGGAAAACACGGAGCCGGCUAUUGGCAUCGACCUCGGGACAACCUAUUCUGCGGUUGGUAUGUGCGUUGGCGAUGAAGUGGUUAUCAUUGCCGAUGAGCAUGGGAAGACAACGAUGGCAUCCCAGGUGGCCUUCCACGACGAGAAGGUGCUUGUCGGUGAGUCGGCCAAGGUGCAGGCAACCCGGAAUUCUGGGAAUACUAUAUAUGAAGCCAAACGUGCGAUGGGCAGGCUUUACAAAGACCCGGCACUUGAGAAGUGCCUAAAGCUAUGGGAGUUCAAGGUCAUUGAGCAAGCUGGGGAGCCGGCCUUUCAGGUUGAACACAGUGACAAACGGGUGUACACCCCCGUUGAUAUCUCGGAAAAGAUCCUGACCGAACUGAAGAACCGGGCAUCGGCCUACAUCGGAAAACCGGUAAAGAAAGCGGUGAUCACGGUUCCUGCAUACUUCAAUGAUGCGCAACGGGCUGCGACCAAAGAAGCCGCCGAAAAGGCUGGACUCGAAGUCAUACAACUUCUAAAUGAACCCACGGCCGCGGCGAUCGCAUUCGGACUUGCACAGCACAGUGAGAAGAAAAGGAACAUUCUCGUCUACGAUUUCGGAGGAGGAACUUUUGAUGUAUCGAUCAUGGAAGUUUACGGAAGCGAGAUGACGGUCAAAUCGACAUGUGGCAAUCCGCACCUUGGCGGCGAAGAUAUUAACAAAGUGCUCUUGGAAUACUGUAUCGAAGAUGGAAAUCUUGGGACAUUAGAUGGACGAGCGUCCUCGCGAUUACGCCUCGCUUGCGAAACUGCUAAAAUCCAGCUCUCCAAAGAGAAGGAGGCGGUAAUUGAUGUUCCGGUCUUGGCCAAUCAAAAAGAUUACACCAAAACGAUGAGCCGUGAUUUCUAUGAUGAACUAUGCAAAACACUUUUUGAAAAAACACUUCUCCCUGUGGAACAUGCACUAGAAGAUUCAGGCCUGAAAGCCAGUCAGAUAGACGAAGUGGUGCUCGUUGGUGGCUCGAGCUACAUCCCAAAAGUUCGCUCGAUGCUCCAGGAGAAGUUCAAUUUCGCAUCGCUGAACACUGCAAUCAACCCCGAAGAAGCCGUCGUCGCUGGGGCUGCAUUGCAGGCGGCCAAAGCGGUUGGCAAUCAAUUCGAACGUGUAAAAAAUAUCAAGUUCACGGACGUGAUCCCGCUGACGAUAGGCGUCGGCAUAAUUCGCGAUCGUGUCGUGGUACUGAUCCCGCGCAAUACGGCAUAUCCAGUGAAGAAAACGGAAAGCCUGACAAAUCCUUACGAUUAUCAGAAGGAGUGCCAUAUCCAGGUAUACGAAGGAGAAAGUAAGACCUUCAGUAAGAAUACCACCCUGGGGUCGUUCACGAUUCCACUGGCACCAGUUCCCGCCAAUCAGGCCAAGAUCAGCGUCACUUAUGAAAUUGACCAGAAUGGAACGCUAAGAGCUACGGCCGAAGAUUUGGCCACUGGAAAACAUGGGGAAGUGACGAUUGAGCGUGAAAAGUACGGCAAGGCAACGAUCUUCGAUGUGGAGAAUUACCUCGCGGACAAAAGUCAAUGGAAGGCCACCAGUGAU